ACUGCACCUUAUUUCUUCAUAUUUUCGAUCACUUUUAGCAAUGGAGAAAAUAAAAAUUUGUCUUGAGUCGAAACAGAUUUUUACAAAACAAAGAGCUCUUAGCAGAGAAUGAAACAGAAUCGUUAGGGGAACCCCCUUUCACGCCAGAGACUAUAGGGUGGCCGUAGGGUCAAAAACCUGUGAUAAAUUGAAAAUUUAUGUAUUCAGUUCUUAUUCCGUAUGGAAUAGAAGUAAGCUCUACAGUUAAAAAUGAAAUAUCUUUACAAAAAGUUUUCCAUACUCUUAUACUCAAAAUCAGCGGAUCUCGCAGUGUUUUGAGUCUCCUAGAGUUCUGCUAACCUAAGGGAAGUUUCCCUUUCAAAUCAGUCACUUCCGGUGUACGCUUUGCGCGUUGGUGCACCGUGAUGCUGCCAAAUAAAGAGAAGUUUGGGGGUUUUUCCUAGAAAAUUGACUCAUCAUUAGGUAAAAUUAGAAGAGAAACAGAAACACAUGGGCAAAGUACGCUAUGGCAGAAGCGCAUAUAAAUUUCUCUCGUGAUAAUUACAAAAUAUCAGACUCGUGGAGCCUGUAACUUGGUCGCUCGACCCCUUGAAACUGUCAGGGCUUCGAAUUUAGACGUUGUUUCCGUCGAAAUGAUGUUGAAGUUACCGGUUCUUUUAAUACUUGUUUCUCUUUUGAGCAAAACUUGUCGCAGUUCACCAGCAAAACCAUUACUGAAGUUCGACGAGGAAAAUGGCAAGUUCACCCUCAGCGAGGAUGCUUUGCCCGAGAUACAGUCUUUGAAAGGGCCUGUGAGAAUUGUCGGAGCCAUUGGCGACGCACGCGUUGGUAAGUCCACAAAUUUGAACUUCAUCAGAUAUUUUCUUGAAGGAGAGCGAAAUCAAAGAGUUGAGAAAGUUUUUAACACGAGCGAUGGCAUGAAACCAUGUACGACGGGAGUGUGGAUGUCUGUGUCGCGUGAUGCAAAUGGCGACGGAACCACGAUUUUACUCGACACUGAAGGAACUAACUUAGGCGACAACGAAAACACAGACUUGCUCAGCAUCUUCACCAUGAUGAUGUCUUCCGGUUUGGCUCUCUUUGCAAGGGAAGCAGUACAAAAUCACAAUGUACAGUUUUUGUACCGUGUUUCGCGCUUGAGCGAACAGAUUUGGAAAGAUGAUGUAGAGAGCAUGCAGACAUUUCCACAACUACUGGUGAUCAUAAGAAAUGCCCUUGCACCAUCCCCAGGUAAAACUUUGCAGAGUCAAACUCAAGAUUCUAUACUUGAUGGAAAAUACGGAGAAACCAUUGCAGAGCACUUUCCUCGAAUUAACAUCAAGGUUCGAGACAUUCCCUUUGUGGAUUCGAAACGAUUGCAUGACUUAGAAAAAUUUCUGCGUGACGAUUACGCAAAUGUCGCAUCCUCUCUCUCCUCUGAUUUAAGUAGUUUUCCUUUAAAAAAGACUAUUCGUGGAGCAAACAUGGACGGAACAAUGAUCGCUUCUUUCGCUAAGAGGCUUGAGAUUGCUCUCAAUCAAAAUUCAUGGAGUGGAUUUUCAAAUGUAUAUACCACCCUCGAAACGGAAUUGUGCGAACGUUCUUACCAAAACAUAAUUGAACCUUUUCUGAGAAAUAGUUGGAAUCACAUCAAGAAUGGAAGACAGCAAAUUAUGGAUGAGUUCACCGAAAAAUGUGCUUUGGGAAUGGAAAGAACGAAAAUCAAAGAUAAACUUGUUGAAGUUAUAGCCCAAAAAGAAGAAAUGGCAGAAAAAGAGAGAAGCCAUCAGGAAGAGCUGAGAAGGAAAGAAGAAGAGGAGAGAAUGGAAAAGGAAAGGGAGGAACAGCGCCGCAAAGAAGCUAUCGAGAAAGAAAAGAGGUUAGAGGAAGAGAGGAAGGCGAGAGCAAAAGCAGUGGAAGAGCGACGAAUCCAAGAAGAAAACUUGCGCAGAGCUGAUGAAGAGAGUAGAAGGUUGGAAGAAGCUGCUGCAGCUCGAAGAGCGAAAGAGAGAGAGAAAAGAGACAUAGUAAAUACUGUUGUUGGGGGUGUGAUCCUGUUUGGAAUUCUCAGCGACUCUCGACUGAAAGAAAACAUCACAGUGGUGCCGAAUUCAGAUUUCGAGCAGAUUGGUGUUCGUAGCUACAACUGGGUAUGGUCCGAAGAUGCCGUAGAACUUGGCAUGAGUGGAACUGGGCAUGGAGUCAUCGCUCAGGAAGUGGGGGAACUGUACCCGUGGACCGUGGUUACGGGUGACGAUGGGUACAAGAGAGUGAACUAUGAAGCCUUGAAACAAAUGGUAAUGGAGAAGAAAACUGAUUACUAAUUGAUCACGGAACGUUAUGGAACCGAUAGAAAUCAGAAGUCUCAUGAGUAAUUGGAAAUUUCUUUUUUUUUUUCGGUAUAAAACGCGCAACACAGCGUAUUAGAAAUUCCUUAUAUAUAAUUUUACAGUUAAAUGAAAUUUCCGUGAAGGUAUGCAACCCCAUAACUCGUUUCUGUAACUUGAUACAAUCAAUAGAAUCUUUUUGUUUUUAAAGUGAUAGAUAUCAGACAGUACGGAAGGCGAAACAAAUCAUUGAAUUGUUCGAGUUUCUUGAUUAGAAAACUUAUUGAUCCCUGUAAAAAUUAGUAUAAUUUGUAACUGUCACUGUAUUAUAUGUUUAGUAGAAAAAAGUUGAAUUUCAUCGUC